AUGUUUACAUCGACUGCCAACAGACGAUCUCCCGGAGCAUUGCCACUCCUAGGCAAUGGAUUGGUUUUUCUCCGCCCACGGCAGAAGCUGUUUGGUUGGUUCACUGAGUGUAUCCAAAAAUAUGGCCAAGAAACUCUGGGCAUUGUGAUCCCAAUUCUUCCACCGGGUGUGAUUAUAGCGAACCCGGUAAACUUGGAUUUCAUUUUCAAGCAUGAGGAAUUGUUCAAAAAAGGUCAAUUCUUUCGCAGUCGACUUCAGGACCUUUUCGGCUAUGGCAUCGUCAACGUUGAUGGAGACCUCUGGAGACGGCAACGCGCAGCGGGGACACAUUUCUUCAAUGGAGCAACGAUGAGAACCCUUAAAGAAAUUGAGCUUCCGAGAGCUUUACAGCAGGCUAUGAGUCAACUGGAUCAGCAUGCAAAUAUCGGGACAGCUGUCGACCUCGAGGCCGUGCUCCACGAGCUUACUACUCAGCUCAUAGGCAGGCUAGCCUACGGGGUCGAGAUGCAUGCACACGACAAGUUUACAAAGGCGUUUGACCAUGCUUCAUUUGAGAUUGCAAAGCGUUUUCAGAACCCUUUGUGGAGAUUGACCGAGCUGAUUACCGGCGGGAAACUCACCGAGUCUGUACGGGUGAUCAAACGAUAUGGCCAAGAGUUGGUGGCUCAAGCUGUUGCCCGGCGAAAUGGCAAAUAUGACGAGAGAGAUCUUGAGGAGCGCAACGCGGCACCCAGCUUGAUUGACGCCUUGUUUGAUUCUCUCGGUAGGCAAGAACUUGUAGCUGAUUCGGCCCUCAACUAUCUCUCCGCGGGAAAAGACACCACCGCCCAAGCCUUGACAUGGACAUUUUAUCUUCUCAUACUGCACCAAGGAGUGGCGGAGAAGAUCUCUCGCCUUGUUAACAGCACUGAAAGCUGGAGUACGCAAGACAGUAGCUGCCAGAGUCCGAGGAUACAACAGAAUCUCAGUUCAGAGACGACUCACUUUAUCCUCGCCGUUUUCUACGAGUCUUUAAGACUUUACCCACCCAUUCCAUUCGACAUGAAGCAGGCACAAAAUUAUACUACCCUCCCUGAUGGUACAUUCAUUCCAAAGGAUUCUGUCGUCCUUUGGUGUACGUGGGCAAUGAACCGUUCAGUCAAGACAUGGGGUGAGGAUGCGCAUAUAUUUAGGCCUGAUCGAUGGUUAGAAGGCGGGAGAAUCAAACAAAGUAGUACUGGCGACUUUCCUGUUUUCCAAGGGGGUGCGAGACUAUGUUUGGGCAAGAAGAUGGCCGAGCUGAUAGCAGUUCAAGUAAUCGUGGCCUUGACACGGUCGUUUACUUUCGAACAGGCCUUUGAAGGGGCAAAGACAAGUCCGACGCACCUGACAUUGCCCAUGGAAGACGGUUUGCAAGUUUUCAUCAAGCACCAAUGUUUCGAAAGACAGAGGGAGGGUACUACAGUUUAA